AUGCCAAUACUACCAUCACCACCACAAUCAAUGCCACUACUACCAUCACCCUCAACAAUCAAUGCCACCACAACCAUCACUCCAACUAUCAAUGGCACCACAACCAUCACUCCAACUAUCAAUGGCACCACAACCAUCACUCCAACUAUCAAUGACACCACAACCAUCACUCCAACUAUCAAUGGCACCACAACCAUCACCUCCACAAUCAAUUCCACCACAACUCUCACCUCCACAGGCAAUACCACCACAACCAUAACCUCUACAAUCAAUGGCUUCAUAACUAUCACCACCUCCACAAUAAAUACCACUACAACUAUCGCCCCAACAAUCAAUUUCACCACAAUCAUCACCCAACAAGCCCCAUUUUCAACAAUAACUGUCAGCGCCGAAGGGGAGAGUUCCCGCCGCCCACAGCGCCCCAGCCGCUGUGGACGGUGCGUCGACAACUCAACCGGGAAAUCUUAUUUACGUCAGCCAGGAAAAUGA